UUCUUAAUAUGUGUAUAUAUAUUCUUGAUGAAUGCAAUAUAAAUUUUUUAUUAAAUCAUUUUUAACCUUAGUUCCUUCUACAUCUGCUAUUUGUGUUACAUCUUCUGCAGCUUCUAUGACUCUUCCAGGUGUUCAACCUUCUGCUGGGCUAACCUAUCAAGACUACCUAUUAUAUAGGUCCCAGCAUCCUGGACCCAACAGCAAUAGUUCAUUUAAGCGAUGGGUCCGGUUAGGAGGAAGGGACAAUCAUUCUUUUAAAUGGCCCUAUCAUCCUCCUAACAAGGGUGCUGGGAGCCGCAGCAGAAGGGGAGGUGGUCGAGGUCGUGGAAGUGGAGGAAGCAGAGGGAGAAGAAGGAAUGGUGGCAGCCUAGUGGUUCAUGGAGAUUAUUACAUUUAAUAGG